UGAAAACGUUACAGUUGUUUGACAAUACGAUGUUAUUUAAUAAUAUGUAUGAAUGAAAUGAUCAUCGUAAUAAACGAAUGUCUUUAAUUAAGUGUGAUUAAUUAAGUAAAUUGUUAGUGGUCAAUGUGUUAUAAAUGGUUUUAUUUCUUAUCAUUUGUGAAUUAUAAUCACAUUUAAUUUUUAUUUGAUUUCAUUUCAUCAAUGAAAUGAUGAACCAAAUCUUACCUAAAGACAUUCAAUAUGUACAAAAGGUUUUGAUGUCGUUAAUUUUUUUAUGUGUUACACAAUUAUUUAUUUAUUUGAACCAUGUACAACCUUAUUAUUUCAUUGACGAGGUUUUUCACGUACCUCAGACUUUGCGAUAUUGCGCUGGCAAUUUUACACAGUGGGACCCUAAAAUUACCACUUUACCUGGGUUAUACCUAAUUGCAACUCUGAUAUUAUCACCCUUAAAACUCUGUAAUAUUUUUUAUAUGAGAUGCAUAAAUUUGUUUGGAACAUUUCUAAAUCUCUAUCUUGCUCACAGAAUAAUUAAACAAAUUUCAAUAACUCAUUGGACGCAAAGAUGGAAUGAUUGGAUGAAAUUUACUGUGGCUUGUAACAUUAUGUUUUUUCCACCGUUAUUUUUUUGGCAUUUUCUAUAUUAUACAGAUGUUGCAUCAGUUAAUGCAAUAUUACUAAUGUUAUUGUUACAUUUAUAUAAAAAAUUUAAAAUGGCAGCUUUAGUAGGUUUUUUGUCUGUGUUAAUUCGACAGACAAAUAUUAUUUGGGUUGUAUUUAUUACUAUGGAACAUUUAUUUGAUUUAUUAGAUCAUAAAAUGCACAAACCAAUUUCACAUGAACAGUAUACUUCAAUAAUGUAUUUAAGAUUGUUAUGGGAAAAAAUAAUGCAAGAAACAUGUCAAGGAUGGAAGUUAUUUAUAAAGUUUAUCGUUCAGUUGGGUGUACAAUUGUUCCCAUACAUUGUAGUAUGUUUUAUGUUUAUUGCUUUUGUUGUAUGGAACAAAGCAAUUGUAGUUGGAGAUAAAACAGCUCAUGUUCCCACUGUUCAUAUUCCUCAAUUGUUAUAUUUUUCUACUUUCCUAUUUUGCUUUUUAUGGCCACACAUGAUUAUUUACUGGAAAGAUUACUUAAAGUUUAUUAGUAAACACUGGGUGUUUGCAAGCUGUAUCUUGAUUCUUUUAACUAUAAUUGUUCAUUUUAAUACUCUUGUACACCCAUAUAUGUUGGCUGAUAAUAGACAUUAUGUAUUUUAUUUUUGGAAUAGGUUAAUGGGAAGAUAUAAACAAUUUAAAUAUCUUUUGGUACCAAUAUACUCAUUCACUUUAUAUACAAUGUUUCACGGACUUAAACAUUUAAGAUUUAUGACACAAAUUAAUUACAUCAUUAUGAUUUCUGUAGUACUUAUUCCUCAGUUACUAAUAGAAUCACGUUAUUUUAUUAUUCCAUAUAUACUUUAUCGGUUCCUUGUUAAGGAACCAAAGAAGUGGCAAAUUAUUGCAGAAUCAAUAACUGUAAUUAUAGUAAACUUUUUACAAUUCUAUAUCUUUGUCAAUAAAGUUUUCUAUUGGAAUGAUCAGCCGUAUCCUCAAAGAAUUUCGUGGUAAAUUAAAAGGUGAAAUUUUAUGACUACAAACUUGUUAUUUGUUUAAUAAAUUCUAAGAUUUCCAAAA